ACCGCCUAGCAGUUCUUGGCCAAGGCAAGAAUGGAAACUGUGAGAUCAGUCAACCCAAAGUCACUACCUUUGCACGCUCACUGCAACGACCAACAUCGUCGGUCAGUGCAGUAUAAGGUAGCUAUUUACAGUCCCAACCAUGUCGUGUCUGGCACAAAGAACCCUGCAAUUUCUUGUAGUUUUCGAAAUAGUUUUUUCGCUUCAUUUCCGUUUUCUAAUAAUCAACUUCAGAAAUCAAGUGAUAUUCGUGGGUUUUUUAGCAGUAAGCCUAUCAUUGAUAUUUCACUGGUUAAUAGCAAGAUUAAAGAGUGUACAGAUAAUGGAUUUUUUGAAGAUGCAAUCGUGGUAUACCUUAAUUUGCUUGAAUGUGGUUUUCCUGUAGAGAAGUUUCAAUUCUUUCCCUGUCUAAUUAAAGCCGUUGGUGGCCUUCUUGAUAUUACUAUGGGCAAGGAAAUUCACGGGCAUUUGUUAAAGUUGGGAGUUUUAGAAGAUAUAUACAUUAAAAAUUCGCUUUUGGGUAUGUAUUGGAAAUGUGGGGCAGUUAGGGAUGCAGUUAAAAUGUUUGAGAAAAUGGAAAGGAGAGAUUUAGUUUCGUGGAAUUCUAUGAUAUCUGGGUUUUGCCAAUCAGGAGGUUAUGCAAAUUCGUUGAUGAGGUUUAGCUGGAUGAUCAGGGAAGUCGGUGGGAUAUACCUAAAUCGGGUAGCUUGUCUAUCUGCUCUCUCAUCAUGCGCUUCCUUGAAGUUCUUGUCUUGUGGGAAAGAGAUUCAUGGGUUCCUUGUGAAAAGUGGGUUAGAUUUUGAUGAAUUCUUGGUUGGUGGAUUGAUUGACAUGUACAUGAAAUGUGGGGAUAUAAAGAAUGCUGAACAUGUUUUUAAGAGAAGUAUUGAUGAAGAAUUAGUUAGGGAAAAUCGAGUUGUAUGGAAUGUGAUAAUUUUGGGAUAUGUUUCAAACGAGUGCCUUUCAUUGGCUUGGGAAUCAUUCACCAAGAUGUUGGAACUAGGGAUUAACCCAGAUUCCUCAACUCUGGUUGCUAUUUUAGUUUUGCUCUCACAAUCUUUGAAUUUAGCAGUUGGGAAGCAGAUCCAUGGAAUCAUUCACAGCUUUGGGCUCGAAAGUGAUAUAAGAGUUGUGACAGCUCUAAUGGAGAUGUACUUUAAAUGUGGUGAUCCUGAAACAGGUUUGAAAAUUUUCAGACAAUCUCAAAAUUAUAACUUAGUCAUGUGGGGUUCGGUAAUAUCGAACUGUGCCCAGCAUGAUUAUUCAAAUGCGGCAUUGCAAUUAUUUCAAGACUUCUUGUUGGAGUAUAGAUUUCCCGAUUCUGUCAUCCUUUUGGCAGCCCUACGGGCAUGUUCAUCCUUGGUUCUUAAGCCCAAAGGCAUGGAAAUCCAUGGAUUGGCAGUAAAACUAGGUUUUGAUUCCGAUAUAUUUGUUGGUGGUGCCCUUGUUGAUUUGUAUGGAAAAUGUGGAGACAUGGAGUCUGCUCAAGAAGUUUUCUAUAGAUUACCAACCAGGGAUUUGGUAUCCUGGAAUGCCCUAAUAUCUGGAUUUGCUCAAAAUGAGUAUGCAGAUAAAGCUUUAAGGGAAUUUCGUAAUAUGCAAUCUGAACAAAUAAAACCAAAUACUGUAACAGUGGCAUGUAUUCUCUCUGUUUGCGCUCACUUAUCUGUCAUUGUACUUUGUAAAGAGUUGCAUUGCUAUCUUUUAAGGCAUGGGUUUGAGUUCAAUAUUCUUGUGAGCAAUUCUCUAAUAAGUACCUAUGCUAAAUGUGGCGACGUAAAUAGCUCGUGGACAGUAUUUGACAAAAUGCCUGCAAGAGAUGAAGUAUCAUGGAACUCAAUUAUGUUAUGUUUUGGAAUGCAUGGUCAUACUGAUAAAAUGUUUGCUCUAUUUGAAAAGAUGAAAGAAGCAGGUAUGAAGCCUGACCACGCUACAUUUACUGCUGUCCUUUCUGCUUGUAGCCAUGCUGGGAAGGUUGAAAUGGGAUGGAAAUAUUUUGAUAGCAUGGUAAAAGACUAUAACCUUGAUCCUCGAGUUGAACAAUAUACUUGCAUGAUCGAUCUUCUUGGCCGAGCUGGUCAUCUGGAUGAAGCAUAUAAUCUGAUAAUGGCAAUGUCCUGCUCCCCAGAUGACCGAGUAUGGGGUUCACUUCUUGGAUCUUGCAAAAGUCAUGGUGAUGUUAAGCUGGCAGAAGUUGUUGCUAAUCAUAUUUUUGAACUUGAUCCUAAUAAUAUUGGCUACCGCGUCCUUCUCGCAAAUUUAUAUGAAGAUUCAGGGAAAUUGAAUGAAGUUACUCAAGUUAGAACAGAAAUUAAAUGUAUAGGAGUUAAAAAGCAGCCUGGAUGCAGUUGGAUUGAAGUUAAUAACGGCAUUCAUAUAUUUAUUGCCAGUGAUUCCUCACACAGUCAAUCUGAGAUCAUUUAUGCUACAAUUGAAAAUUUAACACUGGAGAUGAGAAGAUUGGGUUAUGUUCCUCAUUUGUUGUCAGCAACAAUUGGGCCUGAUGAGGCUGAGGUAAAGGAAGACCAUGACGUUUUGAUGCCUUUGGAUUAAACCAUUUAAGUUGAAAGGAUAGUUGAACUCUCCAGUGAUAGUAAUUAUUCAAUAACCUUUUGGUGCCAAGAGUACGGGAAAGGCAACCAGUUAUGAAUGAUGGAGAUUUGGGAUAACUCUUAGAAAAAUGCAAAUGCAAUCGCUUGGUUUUGAUUCCCUAGAAACCAAGUAAAACCUAGGCACAGCUCUAGAUAUUUAUUUACAGUUUAGUUCUGCCAAUUUUGUUCAUUUAAUAUAUUUACUUCCAGGCAAAUGUAGCUGAUGCAGAACUUUAACAUAUCUGCCAGAAAAAACAGAGGUGAAAAGCUUGAUCCCAGAUAACUUCAGUGAAGAUUUUCCGUCAUUUUGUUGGAAUGGAGGGUGUCAUGAACUGUUCGGUCAACAUCGAUUUUAUGUCUGCGGAGGCAACUGAUGCUACAUCACAGCAAGAUUCUUGAGAAAAAUGUUCGCACUUAUGAUAUACAAGUGGCACGUUCCCGAUCACUUGGCCAAACUGUGACUGGUUAAUAUAGAAGUAAUGUCAACUUUAAAUUAUGGGACGCUGUCUGCCUGGAGUACAAUAGAUUAGGACAUUUGAGCUACUUGAAGCAUAUGUCUCUCGAUAUGCCUCUCUCUUGUUGUCAAUGCCGCAAGAAAACAUGUUGGCAUAUGAGCAGCCCAGACGUGAAAUGAUUACGAAGGGAUAAUUUUAUCAAGAUUUUUACUUGGAAACCUUCAAUCCAAGUGUUCUACUGUGAAGAUAAUUGCUAAAGAGUAGAGCGCAGCAGAAUAUGAACUUCAUCGUCUGUCAUUAGGUGGUCCCUUAAUUGCUUAGUUAUUAAAGAAAGAUGCAGAAGUGGUCUUAGUGUGUAUAUAUAUAUUAUAAGUAGUGCGUUAAUCUCUUCUGUAUGUAAUUGUUUUGCUACAGAACUAGAAAGAUGUAUCUAAUAAUUCAGAUAUCAGAGCGGAAUCAAUCAUUUUCUUAUUCU